CGCAUGAUGUCCCUCUCACAAUCACGAAGUAGUAAAUCUGCACCAUAAGGAGGGGCAAUUAUCUAUAUGCCACCUGAAAACUAUGAACCUGGACAAAAAUCAAGGGCUACUAUCAAGCAUGAUAUAUACAGCUAUGCAGUUAUCACAUGGGAAGUCUUAUCUAGAAAACAGCCUUUUGAAGAAGUCACCAAUCCUUUGCAGAUUAUGUAUAGUGUGUCACAAGGACAUCGACCUGACACUAAUGAAGAAAGUUUGCCAUUUGAUAUACCUCAUCGAGCACUUAUGAUCUCUCUAAUAGAAAGUGGAUGGGCACAAAAUCCAGAUGAAAGACCGUCUUUCUUAAGUUAGUGUACAGUUUUAAUCUGGGCCUUUUGAAUUACAAAAA